GGGCCAGAGAAAGGGAUAAAAGAUCCUUUCCCUCUCUUUAUUGAUAUUGUUGAGAGUGCUCAUCAGAAAAAUAGAAUUUCCCAUAAAUUUAGUCAUCCAAAAAACUGAACGAUAGGUCCUUUCCCAAAACUGGUCAAUUGCAUUUUAUUUUUCAGGCAUAAAUGUUUUAGAACAUGAACAAACCCUUUUUUAAUUUUAAUUUUUAUUUUUAAAUCUACUGUAAGAGGUACAGAUUGCCCAAGGUUGGAUAGUGGUAAUGUAUAGUUUCCAAUAUCUAAUAUGAUUUAAAACUGUCUCCAUUAUCUUCACUAGACCUUCAAGUGCACUCUUAAAAUAUAGUUUCUCUUAUUUGAGGCAAGAGCCAACACACAGCUGUCCCUUUAAACUACAUUUUUCCUCCCUUCAACACUCAUUUGCCAGCAGUCAAAAUACUGAUAAUGGCUUUACCAUUUCUGCACUGCAGUCUUUGAUUCACAGUCAACUCCUUUUCUUGUAAACGUCCACUUGUCUGUAGCAGGCUAUCAGCUGCUCAGAGCCAAUACCUAGUUCAUUCUGCCACGUGCCAACAUGCAUGUGCCAAUAUUAUGUCAAGAAUUUGUAAUGUUGCCAUAUCAAGGUAGGCAGUGCUCACAUGUAGUACCAGGUAGUAGUUUCUCUUUCCUUAGCUCAUGCUAUAUACACACUAUAUGUUACAAUGGCCUGACUCAUUCUGCAGUAUCUCUACCAGGCCAUGGUGUAGGAUACCGCGGUUCUAUGCCUAUUAGAUGUUGUUUUGCUCCUCAUCUCACGUGUCUGAAAAUUGUUCUCCUUUAGACUCUGAUGUUGAAAACUUACAGUUAUUUGUCUGACUUGAGAGCACUUUAUUCAUACUGAAUUAUGUAGAUGCUGCUUCAAGUAGAAAAAGGAGAAAAAAAGAACUUGUAAGCAUAGCUAAGCCAGAGCUAUAUGGCAGUGGCAUAAAAUCAACAAGUACAUAGCAAUCUGUUUCCCAAUCAAUAAAGUAUUAAUCUUCUGCUAUAUGUGGUAUUCAUUAUUAUUAUUUCUUUUUUCGGUUUCUUCUUUCCUGACUGCUUUUACUGGAGUGUGGAAUUGGUUUAGUUUCUGUCUUUUCACUUAAAAUUAGCUGUUUCCUUCUCUAUUUCUACACUGCACAUGGCUGAUACAGGUUCUUGGUAAUACUUGGAUUCCCAUAAAUAGAAAUAGGUUUCACUGCCUCAAAUAAAAUAUAUAAAGGAGAGGAGAGGGACAGAGAGAGGACCACAUGCACACAUGUAUUUAUAUAGGUCCACUGUUAUUUAUGAUGCUCUAAAAAUGUGCACUGAAUUAUUAGAAAUUAGCCCAUUAAUAAAUGCUAAUGGCCUUAAAUUUUUAAAUGAAAACAAUCACCAAAUGCAGUCAUGUCUGUGGGGCUUACCUUUUAUUUUUGUUGUGUGAAAUGACAUUCAGCAAAUUGCAAGAAGGUGGUUCAGGCCCUUUAAUCAGUCUUGUCUAAGCAAUGUUCUAGCUUAAUUACAAAGUGACACAAGAAUUAUCAGGCAGAGCCUUAAAGCACAGUGCAGACACAGUGAUCACGAUAAUCCCAAUCUUCUAUCCUUAACAUUUAGGAAAAUGAAAUUCUGCUCUGACUCACCAACUAAUUAUAUUUUUAGAAAUACCAACUGAAUUAUUUAUUUCUCCUGCAGUAAAUACACCACAGUCAAUUCUGAAACUGAGCAUUUUCAUUUCAGAGUAGUAAUAAGAAAUAAAUGUGAUUACUAUAAAUAGUUGGAAUAAAAGUUAUAUUAGAUUGAUAUUUCCUAGUCUCUCUGCUACCAGCUACUGAUGUCUGAACAUAAAUGCAGCAAUAUUCUGCACAAUCUGGGUGACCUAUGCUCGUGAUAGAUGAAAUCCAAUUUGAAUAGCAGCCAGGAAGGGCUACAAGAAUGAACUGCAUGUAUCUAUGCAGAUCAUGGAGGAGAUAAGACAGCGGCUCAAAGUCAAGUGACUACAUUUGAUUCGUGAACAGCAGAAAGCAAAUUUUUCAUUACCAGAUAGUGGGAAUUAAAAGGCUGCUGCUUUGUAGUGGAGAGGCUUCCAGGACAGCCAGGAACCAAAGUGGGGAAAGGUUAUGCUGUUAAAGUUUUAUCAGUAUUUUAAAGAGCAUGCAUAACAUGAUUGCCUGGGAUACCAAAGUACUGGGAAAAUGAACCAGAUGGUCAACUCCAUUCCUCGUUGCUAACAUUUGAUUUACUGCAGGAAAAUCAUGGUACAAACUCUAGUGCAAUUCAAUUUUGUUUAAUAAACUUUAGAGGAUGGCACAGUGGUGUCUCAUGCCCUGAAUGUAUGCUGCUGUGCUCGCCAUUGUCCCAAGGGAGCAGGAGGGAGGAUGCUGUUCAGGCCUUCUGAAAAGUGAGGUUGGUGCCCUAUUACCACCCAUAGUACUUAAGACUGAAGUUCUUCAAUCACUGCCCAAUAGCGAGAAAACUCUCAGAAAGAGCAUGCUUAAAAUACACUGACAAGCCUUGCAUUUUCACUGCUAACGGAUAUUUCUCUAGACAUAUUUCUCAGUGUCAGAAUUUUCAUUCUACGACAAGUACAUGUAGUAAGAGGAAGUUCUCAGCUUUUCCCUGGACUGCUGCUUUUAAAAUCCAGGCAUGUUUUCAGUAGAUGAUUUUGCAGGCAACAGACAAGUCUCCACUGUUUCAGAGACCAGUGCUCCAGACCCAUCACUCAUGUGAAGGAUGAAAUCUAGACACCCUCCUUUCUCUUUUGCUCGUCUCUUGGUUUUCUGAAAAGAAGAUGUGUGAGCUAAGACUGAGGGAGAGCUAUGACCAUGUCAGUGAAAUGGGUGUCUCAUCACAGUAUAAUUUUAUUGCAGUAUCUUAGUGCAUGCAUGUUCAAUUUAUGUUUUCACCCUCCCAGUGAGUAUUUUCCCAGGCCCUCUUGAUGGUGGAAGUGGCUCAGGGCAACCAUAGAAGCAUUAGGAGAUGAGGUGAAGUGGUGAAGUUCUUCGAGAUCUAUGCUUUCAAAGAGUUCACAGAACCCAUCAUGACAGGAGGAGAGGUACCAGUUUAGACUCAGCUUACGCGACCAACAGUUUCAGAAUUGUAAGUGAUUUAUAGGCUGCUUCAACCCAGUUCCAUGACUAAUGGGGUGGGGGAAACCACAGACUCAUGCCCUAGGAGAAAAGAAAGGGGGAAAAGGGAAAGGGCAGGCAGUUGGGGUGAAUGACACAAUGGAACAACUCAGCUAAGGAGAAAGGGGUCACACACCAGGUACAGUGCUGCACAAAGCUGUUUCAGUUUGAAGAAGAUUCAUUUAAUUACCCAUUAAAAAAGAACCGGGGUAGUGAGAACUACAAGCAAACAAAAACCACUUUCCCAUUCUAACUUGUGUCCAACUCAGGUACGUGAAGUAAGGAUGGCAGCAGCACAUCUCGGGGAUGGUCCCCAAACUGGUAUAUGUGUUCACUUGUUGUCAAAGCUCCAAUGUGAUGUAUUUUUUGAUUCUACUCAAGUUAUGUGCAUAACUCCUCCCAUCCCCAUGCCGGGGGCUACUGCCAGCCUACUUCCAUGUGGGCUGUGGGGCUGUGACCUCACAGAGCGAUCCCCACCAGCCGGACUAUGACCUCAUGGCUCUGCCCAUGUAAGACAGCGGCCAGCACUUUGUCUCUCCCAGUGCGGUCGUGGCCAGCUUUGAGCGAUGGUUGUCGACAGCGUUCUCCUUGUCCCCAGCCUCCUGCUCUUGGUGGCUGGGGUGUCUCUGCUCACCGCUUUCUGGCGCCGACAGGGUUCUGACCGGCGCCGGCAAUGGUGGAGAUGGUGGCAGCACGUGGUAGCAUCGGAGUCAGGUGCUGAGAGGCAGACAGGCAGGCGCGGGAGCCCCCUGUGCAGGCCAUGUUGCUCCCAGCAGCAAGCAUCACCAUGGCAGGGCAGUCACAUCCUGCCCCAACUCAUCCAGCCAGGAAAGACCCGGCCUUUGUUGCAGCGUAACCUGUGCCCCUCUCUUCACACCGACUCUGCCACUGGUACCACGAGGCCUGCAGGGAAACCUGGAAGGCUUCCCAGACAGGACCAGCGCCCGCAGGUUCUGGUGGCACAUGGGACCCCCAGGAUGCUCAGUCAGCGUUCGAGGCUAGGCAGUGGAGUUCAGGACCUGCCUCCUGAGAUCCUCAGCUGCACAAAGCCACCGGUGAAAGGGAUGGUCUUUCAGGAGGGCCUUGUUCAAACAGAGGAGAGAAAGCGCUGGUGGGAAUACAAGACCAAGAGGCCUAUUUGGCCUAUGCGCCCCCCAGCACUUCCCAGAGGGCACAAGAAAGCAGGAGCAGCAGCAAGACCAUCACGAGGACCAGCUUUGAGCCUGGGGAAAAAAGCAGACAGCCAAACUGAAACCUGCCAGCCCUUCAACUCUGGCUUCAGCGGCAGCAGAAGCACAGAGCAAUCGGACAGGCUCGCUAUGGAAAGGCUGUACCGGCAGCUCCUGGUGUCCCUGAAAUGGCCCAAGACCAAGAACAAUUGCUAAAAAGUCAGGCAGCGGAUCUGAAGAACAUCCUCCCUGUAACCUCUUCCUGCACACAGCCACCAGUGAAAGGGACGAUUGUGCAGGUGAACAUCCUUCAAACAGAGGAGGGGAAGUGCUGAUGGAAGAGCAUACCAACAGAGAACUGGAUCUCAGCCCUAAGAUCAUUGUUUGCAUCACACUAUUUCAGUUGGAGGUCUUUCGCAGUUUUAAAAAGAUAGUUUAAUAAAUGACUUGCUAGUCUUCAGA